AUGAACCAAUUAAUUACAAAAAAUCAACAAACCCUACCAAUUUCUAAAAACCCGACCAACCCUAAUAACAUGGUCCAACAAACUUUGCAUGAAAGCAUGUUUAUUCGGAACAGAAGCAACUCGACAUCGUCUCUGCCAGCAAAGCUUAAUGACUAUAGCUCCAACCAACAUAGAGAGCAACAGGAGAAAGACAAACUGGAUUCACAGACCGAGACCCAAUUUGACAGUGACAACAUAACCUCAGACGAAUGGCAAAGGGAUGAAAUUCCCACCAGGAGAAAGAAAAGGAAAGAAACAAGUCCAAUUCACAACGACGGGAAUAAAAAACAGAAAAAUUCCCCAGACUUUGUGAUCCCUACACGUAAUAGUUUUGAACUACUUGAUACGGAAUCUACGGAUAGAAUCAACAAUACAGACAAAGUAUAUGUACCAAAGCCAGAACCCAUCUUUGUUACUGGCGUAAUUAAUGUAAAUUCUCUUAAGGAUGUACUAAACAAAUUUCUAAAGAGCGACCUUUACCUCAUGACCACACUCAGAUCUGGACACGUUAUAAAAAUUAUACCUAAAGACAUCCAGACAUACAAAAUGAUUCGAGAGAACUUCAUUGCCAAUAAUAUCUCACACUAUACCUACCAGCUUAAAAGCGAGAGAGCAUACAGAGUAGUACUACGCGGACUCCAUGCAUCAGAAAAUACCACAGAAACUCGAAAGAAUUGUAUGAAAUUGGACAUGAAGUGA